GUGCUGAAGGCAAAUCGAGAACGACAACGACUAUCCCGUCUUCAACAGCGAGAAAUUGGUCUCGCCACAAUGUUGAUGUGUGUCGUGGCCGUAUUUUUCGUCUGUAAUCUCUUACCGAUGGUAAUCAACAUUGUGGAAACUUUCAAAAUACCCACCGAAGAUGUAUUCGAUCUAAACAUGAUGAUAAAUCUCAGCAAUUUAUUGGUGACGAUAAACAGCAGUGUGAACUUUGUGAUUUAUGUGAUCUUUGGUGAAAAAUUUCAAAGACUUUUCUUGUUCCUGUUUUGCCAUAAUUCGCUGUUCUUUCCUGGGCGCGAAUCACCGGAUGGCACCCAUGAGGACAGUUUCGCAUCGAAUGGAGAGAGAAGCUUUAGGCUUCAUAGACAAAGUACAAGCAUGAGCAGAAAUGGCGGAAGCAGACACAGCAGACUGAAUGGAUCGACGAACGAGAGUCGAAAAUUUGGAAAAACUCCUAGUCCAGGCCCAUGUGUUUACUACCCGGCGUCUCGAAGCAAGGAAAUUUCAGCCUACACUUCCCAAACAUUUAUAGGCGGUCCCGAAUGACAUUUACACUCGACGGACGUCUGAAAUCGUGGAUCGGAAAAUCAAACUCAACCCAAUAUUGCAAGGGUUUCCGUUUCGCUUCCAUCAUGAAAAGGCCCUAAUUUAAUAUGAACCGAAAAUUCACACAAAAGCCCAGCACAUUCGCUAACGACUUUUUAAGAGAUAAAAUUUUGCCCAUCAAAACUCUUAACAUUUUUGUUAGCUUUAAUCAGCAAAGUUCAUCAACAACCCGUAUGCAAAAUUGGUAGAUCAAAUGACUUAAAAGAAAUGCAGCUUUUGGAUUUAAAAAAAUGCUAAUUGGAAGACAGUAACGGCAUAAUGAGUCAUUAAGUUUUUUACUCAGCGAUUUGAAGAGCUAAUGAGCUGAAGCUGAGCUGUUCUAAUAGAGUUUAUUUUUAAUUCGAAGAAAGUUAUUUCAUAACGUGCAAAAUUACAACAGCACGUUUUUAAAAUGUCAAUAUUCAGUUACAAGCUGAUAAGUUUUGCCCCCCUUUUUUAGAGACGCUUUCAAAUUGAAAAUACUGUUAUGUUAUUUUGAGGAAGGUAAUUUUUGUAACACCGGCGGUGGUAACACGAGUGAGUAAUAGCUCAAGAUAUUCUCUUAAAAGCGAUGUCAUUAAAAAUAUGUAAUGGUGUGUAAUAUGAACAAUGAAAAUAUUAACUACAGUUUUAAUUAUGUUUGUGCUUUAAUUAAACAUUUGGGAUUAAAAUAGUACAUAAUAGCUUGAAAAGAAAAUUCCUUAAAAACUUAACUCCAUUAUCAAAUGAAUCAAUUAAAUAUAAACAAGAGAGUUCCCGAUAAGUAGAAAAGAGUACAGUCAUACGCAUGCCAAAAAAAUUAACUAAAUAUUACAAAAGUACAAAACCACUAGAACUGUUAUAUUACCCUCUCUACUAAGUAAAGUGUUGGAACAUGUUGUAAAGAUCAGACUUGAUGAGAAAACAAAUACACUUGACAAAUAAUAUACAAACAACGCAUUUGAACGAACGAAAAACCGCAAAACUGUUGGUAGUGCUUGGAACAAGGAAGGACAUUAAAGGACUUUGCGAAUUUGAAUUGCUGAAUUCUAUAAUUCAUAGCAAAAGAAACCUAUAAAUUGAAGUGCGCAUUGGCAAGACGUUUCACUUUUGCUUCCGUCUUGAAAAAUGCCUCCUCAAAGAUGACCACUCUCCCCCUUUUUUGCAAUAUCUUCUGUCAUGACAUUUACAACCACGUUUUGAAACCCAAACAUUCAGAUUAACAGUAAUUUAACAAAGGAUAGUACACAUUACAAUGCGCCGACGACACUACACUUCUAACGCACGAUGAAACUACCACAAAGGCUUUGGACACUUUUUCCAUCCUACCCAUUUUUUUCUAAAGAUUGAUUAGUGAUUCACGCCGCAAGUGUACAAGCCCAAAGAUAUUUUUGCUAUCAGUUUUCUUGCAUAUGACACUGUAAUUUAGUCUAUGUUUUUAGUAUUUUUAGUCAUUUGUUUUAUUAUAGACCAUUUUUUCGGUAUAACUCAAGAUUCUUCGUGAGACAUGUUAGGCGAGGUAGUUUUAUAAGUCAGUGACUUUUUGAAUGAAAUAUUUUACAGACAACAGUUGACGGGAAUAAUGUUGAAUUUAAAGUUACUCCGCGGGAAAUUCAAAAAGUCACUGACUUACCAAACGACCCUCGUAUAUUCGUGCAUGAUGAAGGUUCUAAAACGCCUUCAAACUUACGUUACAGCAACGUUUUAGAUUAUUUCAAAAAAUUGAAAAAAUCGCGUGCCACUGAACCUCUCAUGGUCGCUUUUACUUAUUUAAAAUAAACGAAAAUUUAAAAACUAAUUUGAAAGGAGAAGAAAUUAAGUAAAGUAAAUACGUUCAAACACCUUUAAUCUUCAACCCUUAA